AUUUGUCUCUUUAUCUCGACAGAAUCCUGAUAUUAUCCCUGUAUCAAGGAUUCGCCUCUUUCAUAUUUGUCUCUUCUGUCUCUCUUUUCGUCUUUCUUCUUGUACAACUAUUCCUUCCAGUGUCAAGGAGGGAUCUCUGUAUAUGCUUUCAAGAUUCCUCUCCAGAUCUCGGGUGCCCCGCACGCGUCUGGCUCAAAUGGCCGCAAAGUACACCAACGGCACCCCUUACUCAGGCGUCUCUCUUGCAGACCUCCCCAAAUCAUGGACCUUUACCUCCUCACUCCCUCCCGACGAUGAAUUCCCCACGCCAGCAGCAUCACAUAAGACUCCCAGGGAAGACAUAGGGCCUCGGAUGGUCAAGGGAGCGUUGUUCACAUGGGUUCGACCCGAGGAAGCAAAGGACCCGGAAUUACUCUGUGUGAGUCCUGCUGCCCUCAGGGAUCUGGGAAUAAAGCAAGGAGAAGAGCAGACGGAGGAGUUCAGGCAAACUGUUGCGGGCAAUAGAUUGCUGGGAUGGGACGAAGAGAAGGAGGAGGGUGGCUACCCUUGGGCACAAUGCUAUGGGGGUUGGCAGUUUGGAUCUUGGGCUGGUCAAUUAGGCGAUGGGAGGGCGAUUUCCCUUUUCGAGACUACAAAUCCGGCCACGAAGAAAAGAUACGAGUUACAAUUGAAGGGAGCUGGUCUUACACCAUAUUCGAGAUUUGCGGAUGGAAAAGCAGUUUUGAGGUCAAGCAUAAGAGAAUUCAUCGUCUCGGAAGCCCUCAAUGCACUGCGAAUACCAACAACUCGUGCCCUUUCGUUGACGUUACUACCUCAUUCUAGAGUCCGAAGAGAGACUACAGAACCUGGUGCUAUCGUUGCACGAUUCGCUGAAACAUGGCUCCGAAUUGGCACCUUCGAUCUCCUCCGAGCGCGAGGUGAUCGCGAUUUAAUCCGGAAGUUAAGCACCUACAUAGCCGAGAAUGUCUUCGACGGCUGGGAAUCACUUCCCGCUCGAAACCCAGAUGAUGAUGGCAAGUCCGAGGAACCAGUCGGCACCGGAAUCAGCAAAGAUGCUAUUGAAGGGCCCGCUGGCCUUGAGGAAAACCGCUUCGCUCGUCUCUACCGCGAAAUUGUUCGCCGCAACGCUAAGACAGUAGCAGCGUGGCAGGCUUAUGCUUUCACGAACGGUGUCCUGAAUACGGACAACACUUCCAUCUUUGGCUUGUCAAUUGAUUUUGGCCCCUUUGCAUUUCUGGACAACUUUGACCCGAACUACACCCCUAAUCAUGAUGAUCACAUGCUCCGCUACUCUUACCGCAAUCAGCCCACAAUUAUCUGGUGGAAUCUCGUCCGUCUCGGCGAAUCCCUCGGUGAACUCAUGGGCGUAGGUGCCGACGUGGACACCGAAGAAUUCAUCGAAAAGGGGAUUCGUCAUGAAAAAGAAAAAGAGGUCGUCUCCCGCGCCGAAGGACUUAUCAUGCGUGUUGGAGAGGAAUACAAAGCCGUCUUUUUGGACGAAUAUAAGCGCCUCAUGACGGCACGGCUUGGGUUAAGAACGUUCAAGGAACCUGAUUUUGAGCAACUGUACAGCGAGUUACUUGACUCGCUUCAGGACCUUGAAUUGGAUUUCAACCAAUUCUUCAGGAAGUUGAGCAAUCUGAAGGUCGAGGAUCUGGAAACCAAGGCACAGAGGGAAGAAGUAGCGGGUGUGUUCUUCCACCAUGAAGGCGUGACCGGCAUAACAAACACCGAUGAAUCAGCAAGGAAGAGACUGGGAGAAUGGCUGGAGAGAUGGCGAACAAGAGUCUACGAGGACUGGGGACCAGACGGUGGUGACGAGGAGAGAAUGGCAGAGAUGAAGAAGGUGAACCCGAAGUUCAUCCCCAAGGGCUGGAUCUUGGAUGAGGUUAUUCGGAGGGUGGAGAAGGACGGCGAGAGGGAGAUUCUGGAUAGGGUGCUGCACAUGGCACUGCAUCCUUUCGAGGAGAGCUGGGGGUGGGAUGAGAAGGAAGAGGAGCGGUACUGUGGGGAUGUACCGCGCAAUGAUCGAGCCAUGCAGUGCUCCUGCAGCUCAUAAGACGUGAUAACAAAGCAAA